AUGUCGGCCACCCAAAUCAAGAACGUCGCUAUCACAGCAGCCACUGGCGCCCUGGGCUCCGUCGUGUUUAAGAAGCUCGUCGCCUCGGGAGAGUUCAAGGUCCGCGUCCUCUCCUCCUCCGGCUCGACGUCCAGCUUCCCCGCCGGUACCGACGUGGUCAAGGUCGACUACAGCUCUCUCGAGAGCCUGACCAAGGCCCUCGAGGGCCAGGACGCCGUCGUCUCUGCGGCCGGCAACGAAGGCAUCCCCGGGCAGAAGGUCCUCGUCGACGCCGCCAUCGCGGCCGGCGUGAAGCGCUUCCUCCCAUCCGAAUUCGGCUCAGACCUAGCGAACCCAAAGGCCCGGGCCCUCCCCGUCUUCCACUUCAAGGUGCAGGUCGCAGAGUACCUCGAGGCCAAGGCGGCCGAGCUCAAGGACAAGUUCACCUACACUCGUGUCUACAACAACGCGUUCCUCGACUGGGGCUUGGCCGCGGGCUUCUUGUUGGACCUCAGGGCUGCGAAGCCCCGGGUCUGGGGAUCGGGCGACCUGCCCUUCGCUGCGACCACUCUGAGCAGUGUCGGCGAUGCGGUCGUCGGCGUGCUCAAGAACCCAGAGCAGACGGCGAACCGGGCUGUGUAUAUCCGCAACGUCGUGCUCACGCAGAACAAGCUGAUCGCGCUUGUCAACGAGCUCAACAUCCCCGGCAAGGAGGCCUGGAAGACGGAGAAGCCCGACUCGGCGGAAAUCGCGGAUAUCGUGGGCAAGGCCGAGGCGGAGCUCAGGGCCGGUGCUGCGCCCGGGCCGGGUAACAUGGUGCCGUUCUUGUUCAAGGCACUUUUCUCCCCCGAUCACAACCAGGGCAAGUGGGGCGAGGACAAUGAGCUGCUUGGGGUGAAGGAGAUUGGUGAUGAGGAGAUCAAGGCGAUCAUCAAGGGGGUCCUGGCAAAGUAG